GUGUGGAAGGAAGGACGCAGAGGAGAGAGAGAGAAAAGUAUGACAAGGAUAUGAAAGAAAUAAGACAACAACCUUCUUAGCCUCCUCUAUAUCCUCCUCUCCACUUCUCCCUUGUCAUGAGUUCCAUGCUAGCUAGACCAGAACCAGUAGCAAGAACAAGCAACAACUAGUGGCAGCACUCGAGAAAGAGAGAAGCUUCGCUCUUGUCGAUUCCCUUGUUGUUUCAGAUCGAUUCCAAGCACAGACAUACAUAUGAGAUAGGGAGUUCAAGCAAGGAAAAGGGCUACCAAAAGGGAAAAGAUUCACUGUUGUUCUUGAGUAGCUUCUCAAGGAUAAAUCUGAAGGGGCGAUGGCAUCCAAUUCAUCAGCGGCCGCUGUGGCAGCGCUAUUUGGAAUUAGGGAUGGCGACCACCAGGAUCAGAUUAAGCCGCUGCUUGCGCAGCAGCACCAGCAGCCUCCUGUGGCACCGCUCAACGCCGCUUCUUCCUCGGCGGGGUCUGGCCAUGCGACAGCGGCGUCACCACCAGUGAAGAAGAAGAGAAACCUACCAGACCCAGACGCGGAGGUGAUCGCGCUGUCGCCCAAGACGCUGAUGGCGACGAACCGGUUCGUGUGCGAGGUGUGCAACAAGGGGUUUCAGCGGGAGCAGAACCUGCAGCUGCACCGCCGCGGGCACAACCUGCCGUGGAAGCUGAAGCAGAAGGACCCGGCGCAGGUGCAGCGCCGGCGCGUGUACCUCUGCCCGGAGCCGACGUGCGCGCACCACGACCCCGCUCGCGCCCUUGGCGACCUCACGGGCAUCAAGAAGCACUUCUGCCGCAAGCACGGCGAGAAGAAGUGGAAGUGCGACAAGUGCUCCAAGCGCUACGCUGUGCAGUCGGACUGGAAGGCGCACUCGAAGAUCUGCGGCACCCGCGAGUACCGCUGCGACUGCGGCACCCUCUUCUCACGGAGGGACAGCUUCAUCACUCACAGGGCCUUCUGCGACGCCCUCGCCCAGGAAAGCGCGCGGCUGCCGCCACACGGCCUCACUGCCGGCCACCUCUACGGCGCCACCGGCGCGGCCAACAUGGCACUGAGCCUCCCGCAGGUCGGAUCCCACCUCGCGUCCACCCUCGGCGCGGACGGGCACAGACACCAUCAGGACCUUCUCCGUCUCGGCGGCGGCAGCGCUGCGACUCGCCUCGACCAUCUUCUAGGGUCGUCCAGCGCCUCCGCGUUCCGACCCCUGCCGCCUCCAUCAGCGUCGGUAUUCUUCAUGGGCGCGCAUCAGGAGUUUGGCGACGGCGACGGCACUGGGUCCCACGGGUUCAUGCAGGGCAAGCCGUACGACGGCCUCAUGCAUCUGCCGGACCUCCAAGGCAACGGCGCGGGGAGGCCAUCAGCGUCGUCGGCUCCGGGUUUUUUCAACCUCGGCUACAUCACAAACAGCGCCAAUAGCUCGGGGACUUCCAGUCAUGGCCAUGCAAGCCAGGGACACAUAACAAGUGACCAGUUCAGCGGAGGAGGAGGUGGCGGCGGUGGCUCUGAGUCAUCGGCUGCGAUGCUUUUUAGUGGGGGCGGGAACUUUACCGGUGGUGACCAAGUGGCUCCUGGCGGGAUGUACAAUGAGCAGUCCGUGAUGCUGUCACAGAUGUCCGCGACGGCGCUGCUCCAGAAGGCGUCGCAGAUGGGCUCCAGCACGAGCGCGCAUGGUGGCGCGUCCGUGUUCGGAGGCCUCGUAGGCUCGUCCGCGCCCUCCGCUCCGCACGGCAGGGCGCCCAUGGUCGACCAGGGACAGAUGCACCUGCAGAGUCUGAUGAACUCGCUGGCCGGCGGUGGCAUGUUUGGCGGCGGCAACAGCGGUAACAUGAUUGACCCGAGGCUGUAUGACAUGGAUCAAGAUGUGAAGUUUAGCGGUCAGCUGGGCCGUGGUGGCGCCGAGAUGACGCGCGACUUCCUUGGCGUCGGUGGCGGCGGUGUCAUGAGGGGGAUGCCGGUGGCGAGAGGGGAGCACCAUGACGGUGCCGGUGACAUGAGCUCGUUGGAGGCCGAGAUGAAGUCGGCCUCGUCGUCCUUUGGAGGCAGGAUGCAAUAAGCUUAAGAAAAGACAUAAGCUAAUGCGAGCGAGCGAGUACUAAGCAGCCUGGAAUGCAUGCAUGGGUGUAGUGAAUCCGUUACAACAGAUUGUUAUAAUGUGUACAAUGUACAAUGCAUGGGAGUAGUAUAAGGUUGGCUGCGUUCCAUGCAAAAGGAUAAAUGCAGGUCUGAAGACAUGCAUGGCAGCAUGGUGAGCAAGGGGUUUCUUUACUACUAAUCCAAGAGGCUAGAUCAACUAUCAUGUAAUGACCAGGUUGUGCGUGCUUGCAUGGGUGGUGGUAUGUUUUGUUGUUCUUAUUGGAUAUUUGGAUCUUGCUACAUGUUAUUGGGUUUAUUAUUCAGGAGGAGAUAGUUACGUUACGUAGAAUAAUGUUGUAGCCAGGUUAGUAUUGGCUUACUGGAGGAUGAUAUAUAAUAAUUCAUUGCUCCCAAGUUUCUUGGA